AUGACUUCCGCAAGGGGCGAGAGCCUCUGCCGAAAGAUCGAGCAGAUGGAAGCCAAGGUGGAGGUGUUCGACGCUGAAGUGCUUGCCGAAAGGCUGGCCUCUCCCACUUCUGGAGUUGAGCUUACCGAGCUACGCAGUCAAGGCCAAGCUGCAGUUGCAGCCCAUACUCAGAUUCUGCCUACCACAAUCUCUCGCCACGGCGCAUCCUUCAAAUGUGUCCCCAUGGCGAACAUCCACCCCGCCUGCAAGCCCGUCUCAGGAGACUUCCAUGUCCUGAACGUGGUGGUCAAGGAACAUGUCACGAAGUCCUUCAAUGCCUUGCUGACAUGCAACAUCAAGGUGCCUUACAUGAAGGCGGUGAACUUGGAGGGGCCUCCACGGGCGAACCGCAAAGAAGCAGUCAAGGACGGAAUGGAGCUUGGCAAGAAGUUCUUGGCAGAGGGCGAGGCUGGGGCACGAUCUGUGUGCUUGAAGCUGAAGAAGACGCGCUGGACGCCUCAGCAGCUGUCGGCCGUCGACGAGAAAGACCUGUACACCAACCAUCCUCUUCCGGGUUUCCGGGACAACCAGGAGCUUCUGAGCAAGGAGGAGGCGCUCGUGCCGCCGGGUGAAGGCUGGAUGCGGCACAGUCCGACCAUGCUGGUGCAUCCCCAGAGCCAAGUCUUUUUCUUCCAGACGGGCGAGAAGGCUGGAAGCUACGUCCGUCGAGGUACCAGCGCGGAGUGGCAGGACAUCGAUCCUCCGCACACUCCGCAGGAGUACGACCUCCUCGUGCGUGCCGGGAGUGCCUCAAGCUCCCGCCGAGGCGCUAAGCUGGACCGUGCUGUGAUCCUGAACGAUGUGACGAAGAUCGCACGGUUGGCUCUGAAGCUUCCGCUGAGCUUCGUGGACCGUCCUGCCAGCGCUUUCGCCCUCUUUUACGGAGUGCGCAAUGCCGACGCAGCACAGUGGUGUGCCGAGAAUUUUCACAAGAAGCUUCUGCCCCGACUCGCGGAGAAGAUACACGUCUUCACCACGGAGGAUCUGCAGGGAGUCCUGGAGGCCACGCUGCGGGACCUGGAUGGCGAACUGUUGAGUGGUCCUGGAUCAGCAUGCAGCCCGUACAGUGGCUGCUCUGCGCUGCUGGCCUUGCUGCUGGGAAACCGCCUGGUCAUGAGCGGUGUGGGCGACUGCCGCGUGGUGCUUCUCGAGGGGGAGGGCAAGGCCGCCAGCGCCACGCCGCUCUUGGAGAAGGCGGCUGGCCUCGAGGAGUCAGAGGAGCAGCAGCGGUUCUGGAAGGCUGGUGGCAUGGUCUCCAAUGGCCUCCUGUACCAUCAGCAGCCGGAACAGCUGGACGAUGUCCACCGAAUACUCAGUGCACCGAAUGUCUUCGACGUGCUCCUUGCGGACAGCGAAGAGAUUGAUGAGAAGCAGGUUAAGGCCGCGUACCGACGCUGGGCAUUGCGAGUUCACCCGGACAAGCAGACGGGUGCGGAGUGCGAUGCUGACAGGAGAGCUUUUGGCUUGGCCUUCGCGCGUUUGGAAGAGUCUCGUGAGAAGCUUGAGGCCAUGAUUGCCGAGGAUGUCGAGUCGUGCCGCGAACUUCGCCGAGUUCUUCGUGCGGAGGUCGCCACGCGUGCUGGUGCAGCAGCUUUGCUUGGUGUCGACAAGGCCGCUGCCACCGAUUCUAUCAUCGAGGAGGUGGCAAAGGAAGCCGAGCGGGCUGCGAAAGAGCUAAAGCGGAAGAUUUCGAAGAUGGAGGUGGUGGCGCCAGAUUUCCGGCAAGCCGAAGCCAUCUGUGACGAGGCUGUCAAGACCGUGUCGCGGCCCAUGGCCGCAGAGGCGCUGCCACGCAGCGAGGCACUGCUCCGCGAGGGCGCCCAAAGCAGCAGAGCGCUGGGCCUUCGAGAUCUGCGCUUUCCACGCCCGCUGGUGAUGAUGGAGCCGAAGUCUGUCAGCUAUAUGCUCUCGACCAAUGCUUCCGUGCGCUUUGCACUUCUUUGUGGUGCGACGGCUUCUCUCAGCGAUGAGAGCCUGACUCGAGCAGCAGCUGCCCAUUCCAGAAGGCCCAAGGCCUCCGUUUUGGUCUUCAAUGCGCUGUCGGAUGCAAGCACGCCGUCCUCGCCGGUAGCAAACGCGUCCAGCGCUUCUGUAUGCAUCAGCGUGAGGCGGUCUGGAAAGGCCGAAACUUCUGCUGCCAAGCGCCAGAAGACUGGCAGCUCCGACACUGUCCGAGUGCGACACAUCCUAUUGCGCCACCAACAGGUCCGCCAGGCAGAUCCGAUGCUGCGGCGGGACCCCGGCAGAGCACUGCCAGAUGCGGAAGAGCUCGCCCUGAAGACGCUGGAAACGCUGCUGAAGACCCCGAACCAGUUUCCCAAGCUUUGCAGGGAGCUCUCGGACUGCCAAAGCGGGGAUCAGCCCGGGCAACUCUGCGGAGAUCUGGGCUGGUUGGUCAAGGGGCAGACGGAGGCAGUGUUGGACGAGGCGGUCUUCGCACUCAACGUCAAUGAGUUCAGCGACGUGCUUGCUGGCAGCCGCGGCCUCCACAUAAUUCAGAGUUUGCAUAUUCCGCCGAGAUCCGGGUCGCCAUCCAUGAUGACGACCUUGACCGUCGUAGUGACAAAAGAGUGGCUACAGGAAGUUUCCGAAGUGUCCAAGCUGCUGCCAGAAGACUUCAACGAUGACAACAUCUUGAAUAGCAUGUGUGCCUGCAUUUUCGACACCGUCCCGGCUCUGUGCUGGAGGCUCUCUCGCGAGGCCUUCGCUGGCAAGGCGCUGGAGCUGGGUUCUGGGAUGGGGCUUCCUGGCUUGAGAAGCUCCGCAAAUCCGAUACGGUUCCAAGGAGUCCUGCGGCUGCUGCAGCUGAACGUGGAUCUAAAUGGCCUGCAAGGCGCCCACACUGCAGAUGCUGAAGAGGCAGGGCAGAAGUCAAAGAACUUCGCUGGGAGGACAUCCUGCAGCUUGAUUGCAAGGAGCCUGCUGGAGCUGCAGUGUUCUCAUAGCGGCAAUCAGUAUGGUGCUGCAUCGGUUUGCUGGUACGAAAUUGCCGGCUUCCGGCUCUUCGAGGCGGCUUCUUGUGCCCUGCGGCCCGGCGGGCGCCUGGUUCUCGCGAACACCAUACGUGGGGCCAGCGUUGGAGUAGCAGCCAUCCAGCAGCAUGCAGCAUCGGCGGGCCUUUGCCUCAUCGGCUGCGUAGACGCUGCAGUGGGAGAGGUUGCCGUCUUCGAGUUCCAGAAACUAGACCCCGUC